AUGAUUAGUUUAUUUUUUCCCCAAUGAUUGAGUUGCCUUGCAACAAGAGAAACUUGUCUAGAAUCUCUUACAGUUGGAGUAGCAACUUACAGAGAACAUGAAGUCCAUCAACAAUGACGAUAGCAACAAUAAGAACCACAACCUUAACAACAAUAGUUGGUUAGGCUUCUCUCUUUCACCUCACAUGAAAAUGGAGGUUCCUCAGGACCCUCAUCGACUUCAACAAACACAGACUCUUUCUGGUUCUUCUUCUUCUUCUUCUCAUAUUCCUACAGCCAUCCCAACAAACUUUUUUCAACCCCAACUACAACCUCUUAAUUACAGCCUUUACUAUGGCGUUGAAGUUGAUCAUCAAAAUACUGCCUUGUACCCUCCUUUGCCUGUCAUGCCUCUCAAGUCUGAUGGCUCUCUUUGUUCAAUGGAAGCUCUAACCAGGUCUCAGCAGCCACAAGGAAUGGUAACAACUUCAGCUCCAAAACUGGAAGACUUCUUUGGUGGUACUUCCAUGGGGACACAUCACUAUGAAAGUAAUGACCGAGAAGCUAUGCCUCUUAGUUUAGACAGCAGCAUCUACUUCCACCAGAACCCUAACCAUGUCCCUAAUGACCAAAAUCUCCUAAACCAACUCCAUGAAAAUUCCAGGUUCCAACAAUACCAAUAUUUUACUCCUUCGUAUAUGGGAGACAACAAAGAUAAACAACCCCAGGUAGCAGACUGCAAUCUACAGCUCCCAACAAUGGCGGAUGAUGCUAUGAAGAACUGGGUUUCAAGAAACUACGGAACUGACCAUGCAAUGCAGCAGAAAAUGGUUUAUUGCAUGAGUGAUAAUGGAGCUGAAUCUAUUAAUAUUGGUGCAAUGCCAUACAGGAAUUUACAGUCUUUGAGCUUAACCAUGAGUCCUGGCUCCCAGUCAAGCUGUGUCACUGCUUCUCAGCAACUCUCACACACUAUGACUGACUCUAUCACCAUGGAAACUAAGAAAAGAGGUUCUGAAAAGGUGGAUCAGAAGCAAACUGUUCAUAGGAAAUCCAUUGAUACAUUUGGCCAGAGAACCUCUCAGUACAGAGGUGUCACAAGGCAUAGAUGGACUGGUAGAUAUGAAGCUCAUCUCUGGGACAAUAGUUGCAAGAAAGAAGGGCAGAGUAGGAAAGGAAGGCAAGUUUAUCUGGGAGGUUAUGAUAUGGAAGAGAAAGCUGCAAGAGCUUAUGAUCUAGCCGCUCUCAAGUACUGGGGACCCUCCACACAUAUAAAUUUCCCGCUGGAAAAUUAUCAACAGGAACUUGAAGACAUGAAGGGCAUGACCAGACAGGAGUAUGUUGCUCACUUGAGAAGGAAAAGUAGUGGCUUUUCUAGGGGAGCUUCAAUGUACAGAGGAGUAACAAGGCAUCAUCAACAUGGAAGAUGGCAAGCUCGAAUUGGCAGAGUUGCAGGAAACAAGGAUCUUUAUCUCGGGACUUUCAGCACUCAAGAGGAAGCAGCUGAAGCCUACGACGUUGCAGCUAUAAAAUUUCGUGGGAUAAAUGCUGUGACUAACUUUGACAUAACUAGGUAUGACGUGGAACGAAUCAUGGCUAGCCCCACCCUUCUUGCGGGAGAACUCGCUCGGCGUAACAAGGAGAUUGUUCCUGUUCCUAUUAUUGAGGCCACUAAUCACAACCACCACCCUUCUGCUCAUGGCGGCAACAAUGUUGAAAUCAUACCCAUUCAAAAGAACAACGUUGAAGGUUUCAUGUAUCAAUCAACAUCAUCUCAGCAACAACUUGAGCAGAAAGUGCCAAUGAUCAUUGAUAAUUACAAGGCUCAAACUUUCUCAAUGGCAGCUGAAAGUGUGAUGGGGAUGGAUAUAUUGAGUUCAGGUCAACAAGAGGUGGAGGAUUCAACCAAGAUGGGGAAUCGUCUCUCCAGUGCCUCUUCUUUGGUGACCACAUUGAGCAGCUCGAGAGAAGGCACCCCAGAUAGGAGCAGUGUCCCAAUGCAGUAUGUAAUGCCUCGUUCGGCGGCCAAGAUGUUCAACAGUCCCACAACCACUGUGAAUUCUUGGAUUCCUACUGCUGAAAGGAGGCCUCCUCCAAUCUCAAUGCCUCUCAACAUACCUGUUUUUGCUGCCUGGACCGACUCCUAGACUGGUCUUUUGAUGUAGUUUCAACGUCUUUUUUGCAUGAAACAAAACAGAAAGUUGAAGUGGAUGGGUAAAUGCUAGCUUAAUGGUGGUCUAUGUGGGACACACUUGAACAAGAACAAAUUGUUAACUUUAUCCUUUUAGCCUUAUAUAUGUUAUGAACAUGUCAUUAAAAAGAAAUGGUGGGGAGAAGCUUUAAAGACAUUAUGAUUGGAGUCUAUGAAAUGAUUUCCGUAAUAUGGGAUGACCCAAUUUCAUAAUUAGAGUCUACUUUAUUCUGUUCUCUUAAGUACAGGGCCAGCUCAAUAUGUAUCCUCCAAUAACAUUUGGU